AGCCAUCAUUCGCCACACCACCUCUGUACCUUUUUUUGCGUUAGUCAUUUAAGAGCGUUUUUCCUCCUUUAGAGAAGAUGACUAUCCUCAUUGAGCAGUCCGCCCUUGUUUCACAAGUUGAGCAGAAGAAUAAGAAUGAGUUGGUAUUAGAUGGCGGUUUCACGGUGCCGAAAGUUCUGACAAGUGAUGCAUUUGUGGCUCCAGAGAUCAAUUCAUUUGGCCAAACUUUCAGGGAUUAUAAUGCAGAAAGUGAAAGGCAAAAGACUGUUGAAGAAUUUUAUCGGUUGCAGCACAUUAACCAAACAUAUGACUUUGUUAAGAGAAUGAGGGAAGAGUAUGAGAAAUUGGACAAAGCAGAGAUGAGCAUAUGGGAAUGCUGUGAACUCCUGAAUGAAGUUGUGGAUGAAAGUGAUCCUGACUUGGAUGAACCCCAAAUUCAGCAUUUAUUGCAGUCUGCUGAAGCGAUUAGAAAGGAUUAUCCUGAUGAAGAUUGGUUGCACUUGACCGCUCUCAUUCAUGAUCUGGGAAAGGUUCUUACUCUUCCUAAAUUUGGAGAGCUUCCUCAAUGGGCUGUUGUCGGAGAUACUUUCCCUCUUGGUUGCGCUUUUGAUAAAGCCAAUGUUCACAACAAGUAUUUCAAGGAAAACGCAGAUUACAAUAAUCCUGCUUAUAACACCAAGAAUGGAAUUUACUCCGAGGGAUGUGGAUUGGACAAUGUAAUGAUAUCAUGGGGUCACGACGAUUAUAUGUACAUGGUGGCCAAGGAGAAUGGAACAACUCUCCCUUCGGCUGGAUUGUUUAUCAUCCGAUAUCACUCCUUCUACCCUUUACACAAGGAGGGUGCAUACACACACCUCAUGAACGAUAAGGACAAGGAGAAUCUCAAGUGGCUCCAUGUUUUCAACAAAUAUGAUUUAUACAGUAAGAGCAAAGUUCUUGUUGAUGUUGAAGCAGUAAAGCCAUACUAUAUUUCCCUCAUUGAGAAAUAUUUCCCUGCCAAGCUGAGAUGGUGAAGCUUGCAAUCUUUGAGUUUAAAAGCAUACAAGAUUUGGAAGCAGCUUUUUGAUUCUCAUUAUCUAUUAAAUUUUAAAGUAAAGAGUAAUGUAAAUUAAAUUGGUUAUAUCUAUUUUGUAAUUAACAAAAGGAGGAGGUCUGCGGCAUCAUUUUACGUGAAGAAGAGGGGUGAAUCAGUGUGGUGGGUUCAUUAAUUAAUUUAUGAGUUGUGCACUUGAUAUUAAAAAAUAUGUCUCAAUGUU